AUGAGUAAACAAAAUUAUUAUCAUCAUAAUUCAUCGUCAUCAUCGUCGUAUUUUUCUACAAAUCAGCGCCAUUAUAAUCAUAAUAAUAAUAAUCAAUCAAGAUCAAUAACACCAACAGCAGACUGGGAACGACCGGACUCACGCCGUCUUUCACCUUUAUUGCCGCCAGUGGCGAGCAGUAGUCAGGUGCGGCGACGUGAUGAAAGUCGUCCAUAUGCUCAUACAACAUCCUCAGAAGAACUACAAGAUCAUCGUUCAAGACAAUCUCAACAUAAUACAGGUAUGCAACGCCAGUCAUCUUCGAGUCGUUCACAUUUAUGGCCGCCAGUGGCGAGCUGUAGCAGUGUGCAACGGCGAGAAGACGACCGGCGACAUACGAAUAAUAAUCAAUCAUCAUCAUCAAGAGAUUAUCGCACUCAUCAUAAUCGUAAUCAAACACGUCAACCUAUACGUGAUCCUCAGAAGCAUUUAUUAGAACGUAGACCAGAAAAUUGUCCGGAUGGCCUAACUGAUUCCCAACGUACAUCAUGGUUGAAAACAGGUAAACAAGCACUUGAAAACCAGCAAUUAAGUGCAGUAACACCAGCAUUCGAAUACGAUAGCAAACAUUAUGGAUCACCUAUCUCCAUUGAUUAUCUCACAGAAGAUAAAACAUUAACUGAACUAAUCUCAAAAUUUAAAUCUAUAAGAGAAUAUAUGAUAGAUACCGAAAGUGAUUCAAACAUCGGACAACCCAAUUGUCAUCGUAAACAACCAAAUAAACCUGCCAUUAUUCAAAUUCAAGCUAUAGAAAGUGAAGAAACUUCAACGGUGAUUAUAAUUGAAGCACAGUUUCUCCCUGAUCCAUCAUCAGGCAAAUUUAAAUCCAUUAAGCAAUUAUGUGAUACUAUUUUUUCUCCAUCGAAUACACUUAUAGCAUCAUGGUCACUUCAAAAAGCUAUAAAAACAAUAUUUAAUAGGGCAAUUGAUAAAGAACUACAAAACAAUUUUUGGUCCUGUGGAUUAGAUCCAAAAUUAAAAACAUAUGAAACUGAUUAUGAUAAAGAGACAAGACAAUUAAUGACACGCUAUGCUAUUAAUGACGUAUUCGCGCCUACUUGUCUUUAUUUUCUUUUAGAAAAGAAACAUUGUUUAUUUGAAUCUCCAACAUCUCAAUUUACAUCAGCAUUAAAAUCAUCAUCAUCACCAUCUACAUUGCAAUCAAUAAUCGUAAAACCCAGUGAAGACACCACACCAUCAUCAACAUCAACAGUACAUAUGAAACAAAAUAUAUUAGUGUAUGCUGAUAGUCACGGAAAAGAUAUCGCUAAAUAUCAACCAUCACCAGCAUCAUGCAACUAUGAAUUAUCCGUCGAUUGGCUAUCAGGCAGGCGAUGGCUUGAUACAUACACACCAUAUUUGUCAGCAAUUGAUACUAUUGUCACACCAGCUACAGUGUCACGUCUAUCAGCAAUAUCAUCAUUAAUUUUAAUCAUUGCUACUAAUUAUGUGCGUAAUAUACCAUAUCAUCAAGCUAUCUUACAAGUGCACAAUUUUAUUACAAUUGUACAACAGAAAUUUCCGCAUAUCACCUCCAUGGCCAUUUAUUACGUUAACAACUUAAAUGCAAAUAUCAUCAAUUAUAAUAAAGAAUUGAAAAAAUUAACUGAAACAUUAACUAUACAUUUAAUUGAGACAUUAAUUACAACGGAUGAUCUUUUUGAUGAAUUACAUAUUGAUAAUACAAAGCAACAUAUAUUCUUUAAUCCAAUUUUUCAAUAUUGUGCAUCAGUUAAUCCAUCAUACAAAAUCACAGAACAGUCACAAUUACAACAACAUGAAACACAUCAUCAACCACAAAGUGAGGUAUCCGAUGUUAAUGAUGCCAAUGAUAAACCGACUGCAUCUACAACGCCAAACAACAAUGUUACUAUAUUAGCUUCUACAUCUUCAUCUUCAGUUAUUAAUAAUCAACAAGAACUUCAACAACAAAAAGUUAAAACGAAAUCUACUCGAACAGCAUCACAAAACAAUGCUAGAAAUAAAAUAAGACAUAGUCGACUCUAA